AUGAAGGGAGACACAGCGAGACCUGGAAAACGACCACUGAGAUCCAUGUCCAACGAGGAGAAGAUCGAAGCAAUCGAGCGAGUCCACGGAGGCGCAAGCAAAGCGUCAGUUGCCCGCGAUAUUGGAGUUCCUGAGUCGACACUUCGGGGGUGGUGCAAAUCAGAGGAUAAAAUCCGCUCACUCGUGAUAAACCCACCGCCUUCUGACAUCGAAGCUAACUCACCUUUAUCAGUCGCCAGCAAUCCAGCUCCAGCUGUUUCUACCGACGCAUUUUACGGCGACGAGGUUCCAGCGGCGAAAAAACUAAAAACCGACCACCAGAGAAGAAUAUCCAAUUCUUAUGGAGUUAAAGAAAAUUUGGAGAACGACGCGAGUAGGAUACCUGAUCUUGACUACAUAAAGAUGUUCAGCGUACUCGCUCAAGGCGGAUUUUCAAACCCAAGCCAGAUUGCGCUGCUUCAGCAGUUCAAUUUGGGUUACAAUGUUAACAACUUCAACCAUUUGCUCGACUACGCGAAAAUGGUCUCUGUACCCACCACCAAUGGACUUUCCGCGAGUCUUGUAGAGAACGGUCUUCAGUAUACCAGAAACAGCAAAAAUUCCAGCAGACACAGCAUUGGAGUCGCCACACCGAUCCAGAGGAACGAUCAAAGAAAUGACUCCCACGCUUUGAAUUACGGCCGCAAAAGUCUACCUUCUGCUGCUGAAGCGCCGUCUUUGAGCUCGAUCAGUCCCAGAAGGUCUCCGGAAAUGGGUCGCCAGUCUAAAAGCAAAAUUAGGAACCCUGCUCCUAGUCGAGCGCGCAAUUACUCCAACAAUUAUCACAAUCAUAGUAAUAACAUCAAUAAUUACUCCAAUGCAGCUAGCUCGAAUAAUAAUAAUAAUAAUAAUAAUAAUAAUAAUAAUAAUAAUAAUAAUAAUAAUAAUAAUAACAUCAAUGCUGCUGUUAGGAACAUCAACAACAACAAAAAUAAUUACAAUUUCAACCACUUAAAUGAACCCUUGUGGGAUUACAAACUCGCUCAACAGCAAGCGAUCGACAUGGCGACGAAUUACAACAAGAAUCGGGAAAUUCCGUUCUUCUCCUGGUACAUUGACAACAUCAUCGAGGCACAGAAGAUGGGAACUACUCCAGCUGCAAGCACCGCUGCGAUGCCGACUCCAGUUUGCAUGACGACCACGGCGACCUUCAGUCCAGUGGUUACUCAGGCAAAACAGGCCAACUCCUUCAACAGCAAAAACCGCGCAAUUCUAGAUCAAAUAUUGCACAAUAACAACAAUAACACUGACAAUGUUAAGACGAGCAUCAAUGUCACUGCUGCCAACUCCAAUGAAAACAGCCGAGAUGGAGCAGAAGAGUAUGAUGAUGAAGAAAACAAACCUAUCACUAAAUUGGAGGCUAUUGAACACGGUAAAAAAUUUUUGUCAUUUUUAAGCAAAACAGAAAACCCUUCUGUUACUAUGGUGCAUAUUAUGCAAUUUACAAAGUUGCUUAAUAAAGUUCAGACCCAGGAUUUUAAAAUUAGAAGAACUAAAUUAAGAAAAAAUUCUACGGUCAUUCAGUACACGUCCGAGAGCUCUGAAACGUCGGAAAAUAAUGAAUAG